AUGGAGGAACAUAAUAAGAUUAUCGAUCAGCUAAUUGAAUUGGGAUAUUCUAAGGAGAUAAGUAUGAGAGUUAUAAAAAUGAGUGAAGCUAAAACAGUUGACGAAGCCUUAAGUUGGAUUGAGCUCAUUGAGGAAAACCCCGAUGUUGUGAAUUCAAAAUUAAAUACAGACAAUAAAGCUGAAAAUGUUAGUGAAAAUGUAGCAAUAGACAAAAAUAUAGAAAGUACCAAAGAACAAAAACCCAAAUUAACUCCAGAAGAAGCCCAAAAAAAAGCUAUUGAAUUGCAAAAGAAAAUUCGAGAAAAAAAAUUGCAAAAAGAAAAAGAAGAAGAAAUUGAAAAAGAAAAAAAACGAAUUGCUAUGACAAAGGAAAUACAAAAAAGAAAAGAACAAUUAGAAGAAUAUGAAAGGAAAAAAUAUAUAGAAAAUUUAGAAAGGGAAAGAAACGAAUAUAAAAAAGAAAAACAAAAACAAUUAGAACUGCUAAAAAGGGAAUAUGAAGCCAAAUUUUCUAUGGCUUAUAAUCCUGAUAGCCAAAAAAAAAAAAGUAUAGAAGAUCUAGGAGAAAAUCAAAAAAGGGACGAAAUCGCUAUUUUAUUUAACAAUUUAAAAAAUAAACAUAAAAAUAAUAAAACUGAAUUAAUAAGUUCAUUAAAUAUUUUAAGAAAAUAUUUUAGUAAUAUAAAAGAUAAUAUUUUAGAAAAAAAAUUUCAAAAAAUUAAAAAGGAAAAUAAAGUGUUUAUUGAAAAAAUAAAAAUAUAUGAAGAAAUGAUUACCAUAUUUCUCUUAGUUGGAUUUGAAGAUACAGGCGAAUUCUAUGUUAUAAAAAAUUACCCUAAUACAUAUUUACUUUCUUCUGCCAUAAAGUUUAUUGAUUUAGUUAUAAAAAAUCUAAAUUCAUAG